GUCCUGUUUACAAGUGCGGCCAUGGCAAAUAUUGUUUCCAGAUAUGUCGUAAAUAAGGUUACACCCUUUUAUCCACACUACAAGCCAUACAUUUGCUAUCAAAAAGGAGACAAUUCUUUUUUUUAUAUACCUGAUCAGAUUGAAUCAUGUACUUCCGAUGCAAAACCAACUUCGACACCGCCUGCAACCGCAAGUCCAACACCUAUUCCAACUCCAUCGCCUAGUGCCAGCCCUGUACCUCUAUCCAUAACCAUUCAGAAGGAUCAGCCAGACUCUUCUUGCUCCGAUCCGUUUCAAAUAAGUGUUGAUCUCUACAAUCACUCUAGUUCGUGUUUACAAAAUAAGAUAUUCUCUUUGCAAGUUUCGCUUUGCAGUGGUCAGGAAGGGAACAUCUUUGUUCAACAAAGCAAUACACAGGUGUAUGUUGUUCCAGAAGGGUGCGGUGGUUCUUCCAAGUUACAAUUAUGCUACUUGACUUCAAGCCAGUGUCUCUCCAUUGACUCAGGAAGUUGUCAAAGUUUGGAAGCAUAUCAAAGUUUUCUUUCCCUCGGAGACUAUUCUAUGAUUUCUGCUUCUGUUUCUGUUCAGGGACCUAAUUGCAAAUCGUCAAGCAGUAGUGGUCUUAGUUGCUUUCCAGGCUCUUCUCAAGUCAUAACACCUGAGGGACCAAAGCCUAUAAGUUUGCUAAGAAAAGGAGACUUGGUCUUAGACGUCGAAAACUCUUUUACUCCAGUGUUAGGUUUUCUUCAUAGAGAUCCACGACAACUGUCUCAAUUUUUAACUUUUCAAUUGAAGGAUGGCAAUUUUUCUGUGAGUCCAGAUCAUCUCGUUUUUUCUGCAGGAAACUUUAUCUUUGCGAAAGACAUUCGUCUAGAAUCCUAUUUACAAGGAGUAGAGCAGAAGGAGAGGAUACGUAAUGUAACGAUUGCCAAGCAGGUUGGAGUCUAUGCUCCCCUUACGAAGAGUGGUCAUCUCUUUGUGGAUGGAAUAUACUGUUCUUGCUAUGCGCAUUAUCCAAGUCAUUACUUUGCCCAUUUGGCCUUUUGGCCUUGGAGACUGUUUGGUUCAAAAACUUUACAAUACAAUGGCAUUAUGCCGUAUGCUAAGUGGCUGCUUGAAAACUUUUCUCCGUCGGUGAAGAUUUGAAAUCAUUAACUGUGUCAUUGUUUUUCUGCUUGUUUUUUGUGAGAGGGAACAUUCCUAUCGCUUUCUUUCGUUCAAAUGAAAUAGUGCUUUUGCUUUAUAAAUAUUUCUUUCCGAUA